GUGAAGCAAUGGGAGACAUCAACAGACAACCACCACACUCAUCUGAAUAUACUAGUUGAUCUCACUGAUAAUUUGGAUUCACCAUGAGGUUGAUCAGCCAUCCUAGCUCAUUCAUCUCUGGUCGUGGGGUGCUGGUUGCAUUUGUAUGCGCAAUCAUAGCACUGUGUUUGUCCCAGGUCUUGUUACGUGCUUCAUACUACUUCAAAGUACGACAUUUGCCACUGGCCCAUCAGCUCGGCUUCUUUGAGCGCUGGUUCACAGGCAAAGGGAUACGGCAGUUCAUCACAGACUUCACGUCUCUGAGGAAGGAGGGCUUUGCGAAGAAUAAGAAUGCAUUCCGCGUGCAGACUGACCUUGGCGAAGUCAUCGUCUUGGGUCCUCAUUAUGCCACCGAAAUUAGAGAAGACAACGGACUUUCUGCAGGAGUUUACACUAAUACCGAAUUGAUGGGAUUCAUUCCAGGCAUGGAAGCUUUUGCCUUCGCUGGCACUCAUAGAGGCCUCAUGCACGAUGUCAUUACCAAGAAACUCAAUCGGGCUUUGCCACAGUUGGUCUCCGAUCUCUCGGUGGAAACAGCUGGAUGCCUCAAAUCCACUUGGAGUGAUGAUUCUCAAUGGCACGCUGUAUCACUGUACCAAACAGCACUCCUUUUGGUUGCGCAAGUAUCAGUUCGUGCAUUUCUGGGUCCUGAGAUGUCUGGCAACAGGCGAUGGGUUGAAAUCAACUCCCAAUACACUGUUGUGGGGUUGGGUGCUGUAAUGGCGUUGCGAUCCUGGCCACGUUGGCUGCUACCGCUUAUUCAUCGCUUCCACCCCCAGGUGCGGGCCACGCAGGCUCUGCUGUCCGAGGCGAGAGAGAUCAUGAAGCACGAACGUGAGAAACGCAAACAGAAUAAGCACCGCCAAGUGGACUCCCUUGACUGGUUUGACGAGGUGGCUUCACAGAGGGGCGACCAGUAUGAUCCGGCAGUUGCUCAGCUGACGUUCGCGGUGGCCGCCAUGCAUAGCACUACGGACCAACUGUGCCAAGUGCUGAUCGACUUGAGAAAUCAUCAAGACGUGGUAGAUGCAUUGCGGAGGGAGCUCAUCGAAGCGGUCACGCGCGAGGGCUGGAAGCAGGCGGCUUUCAACCAGCUGAAGCUGAUGGAUAGUGUUUUGAAAGAGACCCAGCGGCUAAAGCCUAUCAACCAGGUUUUCAACAAACGAGCCGUCCUUCGAGACCUUGAACUCAGCAACGGGGUCCGCCUACCCAAGGGCGCUUUCAUAGCCGUGUCAGCUCACCAAAUGCGGGAUCCAGAUCUUUUUCCCGAUCCGGAUGAUUUCAAAGCGGACCGCUUCAUUGAGAGAGCCGAGUCCGACCCCGACAAGGCGCGUUUCUGCGGCUUUUCUUCUGUCAGCAUUGAUCACACCGGCUUCGGCUUCGGGAAACAUGCCUGUCCUGGCCGUACUUAUGUGGCACUGGAGCUUAAAGUCCUCCUGGCUCAUAUCCUGCUCAAGUACGACUUUAAAAUGCCGGAUAGCGCCGAGCCCAGUCUCAUGAAUCACGGGUUCGACAGCCUCACUGAUAUGACGGCCUCUAUCCUAGUUAAGAGACGGAAGGAAGAGAUUGAGUUGCCGGCUUAAGUGCAAAUCAUUCGAUACGAGCAUAGGGAUCUUGUUUUGCCUAAGUUUCAGUAGAACCACGCUUCGCCAAUAGCCUUUUGCUCAUUCAUAGACCGAAGUGAAAGAUUUGAAUUAGCCACUCAAUUCAUAAAUGAUAUGACAGUUGAUUCGUCUGAAGGCAAAAUUUGGUUUAAAUUUGUAUCCUUGAUCAAGGCAAUGCUUAUUC